GAAUUAAUUUACAAUUCGAACGGAUCGAAGCGAAGGCACGGACGGUUUUAUUUUUUUUUUAUUUAUUAUUGUCUGUUUCUCCUAUAAUGCAAUAAUAAUAUAAUACGAGCGGUGAAUAAAAAAAAGAACUCGAUACAAAUAGCCAACGGCUUAAAGCAACAAAAAAAGAACAUCGAAACAAAUAAAAGCGGUGAAAAAGAAUUUGAUACAAGUAGACUACGGCUCAAAGAAUACCUUGUGUUUUGAAGAAAACUCAUUUUAACGAGAGCGCAGCAAUGUUUAAGUCGGGUUGAGUAAAGUGAGCCUCUGUUGUAUCCAACCGACCGACAGACAAAUCGAAGCACUCCCAUUAGCUUGUGUGUGUGGAGCAAAGAAGUAAAAAAGUAAAAGAAAAUUGAAAAUAUAUACUAGCAAGCAAUUGCAAAACAAUGGAAUUUAUCAAGUAAAGGCAAGCAACAAAGCUAGAAAAAACAACAGCAACAACAAAGUCAAGUUUGUGAACAAAAGUAAAUGUAAAACAAAAAUAACAAAAACCUUAAGAAGCAACAAAAGGCGCAUUUUCACCAGCAACUGACAACCACAAUAGCAGUAAAAAUAAUAACAACGAACCAAAAAGUUUAAGUUCAUCAAAUAUUUCUCUUUGUUGCAAUGACAACAUCAGCUAUACAAUUUGCAAACAAUGCAUUUUUAAUUAAACACACACACACACAGUGAAAUAAAAAAAAACCCUUAAACAAACGACCACCACCGCCGACGACACAAAUAAAUGCUCAUAAUUUUCCCGAGAAAAGCUAAUAAAUUGUGUGAGAGUGUUUGAGAGCAAAAUACUCGAGAGUAUUAAAAAUUUUAAUUGCAUUUUUAUGAAUGAAUUUAUAGCGUUCAUUACAAAAACAAAAAAAAAAUCUAGCGUAGUCUGUUUUCUACAAGCAGGGCAACGAAUCAACUGCCCUGAUCGCUGAAUAAAAUGAAAAUGUGUGCGUUUACAAAAGAAAACAAGAAUAGUUUGUGUACAGGAGGAGGAAAAAGUAUCGUAGUUGUAAAAGCCGAGACAGGCCAGUCCAGAGGAUUAUGGACUCUUUUCUACGCAUUAGGCAUCAUAAUCACCGCUAUACAAUUGCAACGAAGCCCACUGCCCUGUCAGGCUUUGGUUAUGAUGGAAACCCCAACACCACCAAUGCAACAAACAAACGACAAUUUGGCAGCUGCCACUGAAUACAACAACAACUCCACAUAUUUGACAUAUCCAAACCGAACAACGACAACAACAAUAUCAAAUAAUGCAACUAAUAAUGUAUCACCCAACUCACUCCUUGGUAGAGCGCAACAAAAGUUUUUAGCAACAAACUCACUACCGGCACCCUCAUCGGCGCCUCAACGCAUGCCACCACCCCGUGUACUAUUGAAUAAGUGUUGCCACUUUGGGGAAUAUCUGGACAAAACGAAAACCUGCGUGGCCGGAGCUUCUGACAAAUGGAUACCAUUAAUUUAUCUGAUAAACCGUAAAGAUCAUUUUCGGCCUCAGGGCUCCAGUCCGAAAUUUAUAACAUUUCAGGAUAACAUCUUUCCUAUAAGUCAGGCUCGGAGUGAUGACGACGAUAACAAUGAUAAUUCUCCGGACACUGUAGACUGUACUGUAGAGGAUUUAGUUUUGUUUACUGGAACCGAUAAAUUUGUGAUAUUCUCGAAUGGUUCGCUUUUUCUCUCGGAACGUAGUGUCCUCAUGCCACCCUCUCGUUAUUGUGUUGACCAACAAGCGGCCUUGGUGUGCUUGCCGAAGCCAAAACAUCCAGAGCCUUUGCUAAAGCUUAAGAAAUGUUGUGGGCCCCAUGGCAUAUAUGACAAUCAACAGAAAACCUGCCACUUCAAUGCCUCGCGCAACAAUAUUCUGGAUUUGCAGCUACCAGAAAAUAUCACGUAUCAGACGAUCUAUGGCUUUCCCGAAUGUCAUGAGGAUUCAGUGAAAUAUGCCAUUGCGGGUGAUUGGUCUGGUUCUCCACUACUCUCCCAUACAACGGGUCAUUUGCAUUUGCCUAACCAUCAAUUGAAUCUAAGUUCAUCCGAUUAUUGUUUGGAAAAAUUACGCUCGAAUAAUGAAACCUCGCCCAACGAAGCAGUAAAGGUUUUUGCAUGUUUACAUCACUUUGGAGUGGAGAAAAACGAUAUCAGCUCCAGUAAUAGGCGCCAAAUAGCGGCUUUAAGUUUUGGUCUAGUCAUAUCAGUGAUAUUUCUGGCUGCCACUCUGGUGGCCAGUUACUUAAUGCCCUCCAUCCAUCAUGUUCUGCAUUGGAGAUGUCAAAUCUAUUAUGUCUUCUGUUUGUUUAUUGGUGACUUUCUUUUAGCUUUUAGUCAGUUAUUUAAGCCAUUGAUUUUGGAGGUGGCCCUGUGCCAAAUAGUAGCUAGUACCAUGCAUUUCUUUUUUCUGGCGGCCUUCUUUUGGCUUAACACCAUGUGUUUCAAUAUCUGGUGGACAUUCCGUGAUUUCCGUCCCAGCUCGCUGGAGAGAAAUCAGGAGCUGAUACGUUUAAGACUCUACUCGGCCUAUGCCUGGGGUAUACCUAUUAUUAUAGCCGCCAUAGCUGCGUGUGUUAAUUUGGUUCCCGAUUCACCUCUAUUACGACCUGGUUUUGGAGAACACAGCUGCUGGUUCAACGCUGAACAUUUGCCCAUAUUCGCCUAUUUCUAUGGACCCGUUGGUAUUUUACUAAGCAUCAAUAUAAUGCUCUUUAUAUCGACCACCCAUCAGCUGACCUGUGGUCUCUGGAAACGAGAUGAUGUUAAAUCGACCACUGAGAAAACAGCCUUGGGCAAAGUUUGUCUAAAACUCGUCGUGGUUAUGGGUGUCACCUGGAUUGUGGAUGUCUUGUCAUGGAUUAUCGGUGGCCCUGAUAGUGCCUGGUUUGUCACCGAUCUUGUCAAUGCCCUACAAGGUGUCUUCAUAUUUCUUGUGGUGGGCUGUCAACCUCAGGUAUGGUCUGCCUGCCGGCGUUUCUGUUGUCCCCGCUCGCGCCAAGAGAUUACCAAUACCACAAAUGGUGUUCAACAUUCUUCUUCAUCCCAGGGCUUACCUUCGAUGGGAGCAUGUGGUGGUGAAAUAACGCAAAAUACUUCAGUUCAUCAUAAUACAACAAUUGGCAGCAAUGCUGGCAGUAUAGUCGCCGCAACAGGAGGAUCAGGGAGAGCAGGAGAUGGGGGCGGUGGUGUUGGUGUUGGUAACCAUACCCCAGCCACAACCGCAAAAAUGAAAAUUCCCAUGGAGACUGUAUGCUAACAAAUGAAUGACCGGCGUAGUUAUUGGAAGGAAUUUUCGCGGACAAAGGCAAAAUACAUCAGCCAAAUUAUUCCGUUAAUAAAACCUCUGCUCAUCUUAAACAAAGAUUUGAACACACACCAAAAAAGUAUAAAACGCAACAAGCCAUGGAAGAGACUAUCAUAAAUUACAUCGAUGCUAUGGAAGGGUUGCCAGCAUCAUUCACAUCUUCAUCACUGUAAAUAUGUGAUUAUUAUCAUUAAUCAUGAUUAAUCUGCUCUGCAAAAUACUAUAAAGGAUCCAAAGAUCGAAGGCGAGCAUGACCCCUGUGUUUUCGGAAAUUUGUAAUGAUGAUAACGAUUACCAUCAUCAUCAUUAUCACCACAAUCAUUUUUUAAUGUAGUGAAAAUGAUUUUCAACUCUUCCUCUUUGAAUGAAUACUUAUGGAUUUAAAUUCCAUUAUUAACCUGUUAACGAAAUAUGAGUUUAUUUAGCCGAUACUUGUAAACAGUAUUUUAUAGAUGUCUAUGUUUUAAGAAAUCCACCCCACCCACGGAAUUGAAAAUCCUACCUUAACUCUAUCCCCAGGCGCCAAUUCGAUUUGACCAACCAAGUAUAUAAAGGGUGAUUUUUUUGAGGUUAGGAUUUUCAUGCAUUAGUAUUUGACAGAUCACGUGGGAUUUCAGACAU